UUCCGUGUUUAAAGGGCGAUUUCUUCAACUCAACGCGCUCCUUCAGAGUGAUCAUGGCUUCCGGGCAGUCAACAGUGACGGAGCCCAUGACGGAGCCCCUAGGGAUCCCCUCGGAGCGCCAGGGACAAUGUCUGAUUCAUGAUGACACAUCCUGCACAGAGACAUUGGAGGAGACGAGCCAAGAGGUCUCUUCGGAGAUCACAGCAGGUCAUUUCCCUCUUGACUCCACAGAACCACGGGAGGAUGCGGUCACCGUAUGCCGCUUCUUCCUCGCUGGAAAGUGCCACUUCGGCCCCCGGUGUCGCUGGUCUCACAGCCCCGCUGCCAUCGCUGACCCAGAGCCUGGUGUGCCUCAUCCAGAUGGGGGGAACGAGGAGGAGAAGUUGGAGAAACACAAGAAAGGAAAAGCAAAAAAAGCAGCCAAACCAAAAUACACCCAAGAAAACGAGGCAGUAAAAAGUAAGAAAAAGCUUCGAAUGCGCACAGCGGAUGACGUGAUCUCGCGGAUCUUGUGGGACACACCGGCGGACGCGGAGCACUUCGUCGUGGGCUACCUGGACCGCUUCCUGGGUGUGCUGGAGCGCCCCUUCACCGAGUUCAACUGGGACGCCGAACCGUGCGACUGCGACUAUUCCAAAGAGCUGGCCCUGCCCAGACACAGGAUCCAGUACUUUGCCUUCAGAGGACAACGCGUCUGGGACCGCAACGGCAGAACGGACAGGGUGUUCGGCUCCACCGGACAAUCUCUGGCUCCCCCCUUUGGAGAGGAAGGGGAAGCAGGGGGAGUCGGGCCACAAGAUGCAGAGCAGACGGACUCGAUGGACAGCGGAGAAGCCCUUGAAAGGACAGAAGAUGGGCAGGGAGCAGAGAGUGUGACAGUGGAGUCUUCUACUGAGAGCACCCACCUGGAAGAGAUUGAGAGCACUCUGUCCGCUAAAACUGCCCUAGAUGUCACUACUCAGGAGCCACAGCCAGAGAGAGGGGAAAUUGAGGCAGUGGUGGAUGAUUCUUUUCAUAGAGUGGGAGGAGGGGAGGGAGAGACGGCCCAGGGAGAGAGUUGGGAUGCAUGGAGUGACAGCAUGGAGAAGCAUAAAGUGCAGAGUCCCUCUGAAGAGCCGCUGUCCAUCCUGAAGCAGAAGGAGCAGCCCAGCAGCAGCCGGCCCGCUAGACGCCGGCCCACACAUUUCAUCACCUUCAGGGCUAACACUCCUGGCAUCCUCUCAGGCUUCCAGCGGCUGCAGGAGGAGGUCUGCGCCUUGCUGCCCUCCACCACCCCCCACUGGUUGACCUCCUCCACCCUCCAUGUCACCAUGUGCCUGCUGGUGCUGGACGGGCCCGAGGAGGUGGAGGCAGCCGCGGAGAUCCUGCGGCGCUUUGCCUACCUGGACCGCAACCCGCCGCUGGCCUUGACCUUUCCCCUGAAGCUGAAGCACUUCAACGGGACGGUGCUGUACCUGAGCCCCCAGCCUCCGCAGCGCCUGCAGGAGCUGAACCGAGGCCUGCAGGAGGCCUUCUGGGAGGCCGGAAUGCUGCACCAGCACUCCUUCAGCCCGCGCUACCACCUCACCUUGGCCAAGGUGUCGGGCGUGGAGAGGGAGCGGGUCUUUGACGGGGUGGGUGAGCUGAAGGUGGGGAAGGGGCUGAAUCUGGGACGCUUGCCGGUGAACACCUUGCACAUGUGUGCCAUGGGCCGCAAAAAGAAUAAUGAGUUCUACGAAAUUGUGUGUUCAGUAACACUUAGAUGAUUACAUCUAGUAGCGGUUACAUAAACAAGUACAUCUCUCCAGUGGUACAGAACACCCUUCUUUAGUGAGGCAAAAUCAUUUUCGUUUUGUACUAUCAUAUUAUAUUUCUGACAUUUUGCUGCUAUACUGUCCAGUAGGAGUGACGUACUAUUCAAUGCGUUACAUUUCGAUGAUAAAAAUAAUCAUGCCAAUUCAAGGCCCUUGCAUACGUGGGUGGGGCCCUAGACCGCAGACUAGGCCAACUUGUGCAUUAAUCCACACCUGCAUACAGUCCGUGUUUACAGGUGCAAUACCCAAAACAAUACGCUGUGGCCUGGUUGCCUCAUGUGGUAUUUUGUACUAUUUUAUGAAUACAUUAGUCUUUUUUAAUGCACUUUUUAAAAUGAUUCCAAUCAGCCUUUCAUAUAGCUUUUAAUAUAUUACAAUUGUCUUUUGCAGCACAUGAUUUUUCCUGUUCUGUCUUAUAAAUAUGUGAUGCAUAUAAACACAUUAUAGAUUGCAUGCGCACAAUGAAUUUCCAUAAGCGUUUAUAUAAAUUAUAACCACCAGAUUGUCAGACCACAUUAAAUAUUAAACUGGUUAUUUUAAA